AUGCCAAAGCAAAGAGGUCUUCUUUACAAGCAAUUUUUCGGAUCUACGAAAUAUCCAAUUUUUACAUGGGUUACAUCAUUUAUAAUGCUGGGUGUCUUUAUAUAUGAAUUAAUCAGAAACCACCAGUUAUCAGGCAGCUGGAUCCAGACAUCUCCAUUUAAUCCUAUGGUUGGACCCAAUUAUAUGGCACUUGUAAAUAUGGGUAGUAAAUUUGUGCCAUGUAUGAGAGAAACUACUCAGUAUCCCUCCACAACUUUGUUUGGAAACUGUUAUCAGUCUGCUGAAUCGACUUGUACAGCCGAAGAAGCAUGUGGAUUUGGUGGCUUUGGAACCACACCAAAUCAAUCUUUCCGAUUUUUUAUCUCAAUCUUUUUGCAUGCUGGUGUUGUUCAUAUCUUGAUCAAUCUACUUACACACCUCCAACUAGGUGGUGAAAUAGAGCGUAAACUAGGGUUGAUUCGUUACAUGAUUCUCUAUUUUGUGUCAGGCAUCUGGGGCUCCAUAUUAAGCGGCGUACUUUCUGGAAUUACGACUUCUUCCAUGGGAUGCUCAGGAUCAUUGUUUGGUCUUGUGGGAUUCCAAGUGACAGAUCUUCUAAUUCAUUGGAAAGAAAUUCGAAGACCUGGACGCGAGUUGGUAGUCUUAUUGUUCUCAGCCUUAUUCGCAUUAGUUCUUGGGCUGUUCCCGGGAAUCGAUAAUUUUGCUCAUAUCGGAGGACUGGUGAUGGGGUUAUUAUUCGGGGUUAUUCUUACAUCUUCACCGUCUAAUGCAUCUCGUAAAGCUAUUAUAGUGGGAUGGGUCGCUAGAAUCGUAUGCCUUGUCUUGUUUCUCGUCCUGUAUAUUGUAUUCUUACGGAUUUUCUAUACAUCCAGUGAUUUGUCGGCAGUUUGUCCUGGUUGUAAAUACCUUUCUUGUUUGCCCAUCAAGGAUUGGUGUGAUGUGUAA